CGGAACGCAAACGUCAGAUCGUCAAGACAGCUGAGAUAUGAGAUUUUAUUCAAAAAUUAUCUUUACAUCGAUCGUAAUUACACUAAUUACCGUGUUAGUUACAGAGAUGGCCGUUGAACGAUCUUCCUGUAUAUUCUGCAACAUAGUGAAUAAGUUAGAAAACACAGAAAUAUUGUUUGAAGACGAUGAAGUGUGCGUAUUCAGAGACAUAAAACCCGCUACACGAUUUCAUACUUUGACCAUCCCAAAAAGACAUAUAGACGAUGUUAAAGCGCUAAAUAAAGAUGAUAAAGAACUUGUGGCGAAAAUGCUGGCGGUAUCCAAAGAUUUACUCUCCAAAAACAAUCUGUCGGUGGCCGACGCUAGGUUUGGCUACCACUGGCCUCCGUUCCGAAGUGUCAGGCAUCUGCACCUUCACACCAUCGCGCCUGAAGCCGAAAUGGGGUACAUAGGACGGUUACUGUUCAUGAAGAACUCGUACUGGUUUGUUUCGCCUGAAUACAUCGAGAAAAUGCUGUCAUGAAGGAAAUGAUAAUAAUAAUGUGAUAUUACGAAACUUUACUCUUUUUUUUCGUGUGGUUUGCAGAGGCCACUGACCGAACCCACCAACCAGGUGUCAGGGUUAUUAUUGAGCUGCCAAACUCCCCCGACAUGGCUCAUGUAACACGUAUUUACUUUAUAAGCAGUGACCCAGACCCAUGGCUUAACGUGUCUUCCAAAGACAAUUCGGAUAUACCUCUAGAUGGGUAAUUCCAUGGUAUAAGAAAACCAGGUAUGCUCAAAAGUGACAGCUAACAUUUCAAGGUUAGCCCAGCUGACGUCAUCCCACCCUGUGUUGCCAUUUCGUAAAAAAUAAAUUACCCACGACCAAUGUUUUUAAUUUACUUUGCAAGGAAAUUUCGACCUUUUAGUAAAAGAUUUACUUACUUUUAAUGGUUUUAUUAUGUGACAAGUAAUAGUAAUUAAAUACAUUAGUCAGUGGUGCUAAUUCCUGUAAAUACCAUCUAAUUUUAUUUUAAGUUAUAUCUGUCAUUUUCUUAUCCGCCGAAAAGGAAAGGGACGGGUAAUCGACAAGCAUAAAAUUUAUGGAACACACGUCAAUUUUAAGCACAAAUCUAAACCAACCGUCUAAAAAUUUUACAUCAGUCAAUAACCCGACACGUUAAUUUACUCAUUCUUCCUAAAAUUAAGAGCUGUGAAUCAUCCGUCCCUUUCCUUUUCGACGGAUAUGAAAAUGACAGAUAUAACUUAAAAUAAAAUUAGACGGUGUCUCCAGGAAUCGGGGCCAGUAGUUCACUUAAUUUUCAAUUAUAAAAUUUACGUCCAAUAUAUUUACUUUGCAAGUAAAUUAACUUUUAGUAAGCUCAACGUAAUUUCAGUGAAUUCCAUUAAUUAUAAUUAUUUAAAUAGGUACAAGGUGUUUUUGUUUUUAUUUCAUAAUUGUUGUAAUAUGUAAUUAGUCGAUAAGAAGGUACUUUCCAGACUACACUCCUCAAAAACAAUAUAGAUGGCGCUGUACAGAUUUUCCUUGCUUUUAACCUUCUACAUCAUCACCAGCCCAUUAACGUCCCCACUGCUGGGGCACGGGCCUUCCCUAUGGAUGGAUAGGGAGAUCGGGCCUUAAACCACCACGCGGGCCCAGUGCGGAUUGAUGGUUAUUAACGACUGCUAAUGCAGCCGGGACUAAAACACGAAGCACGGAGGAGUUUGAGAUGAAAACUUUUUUUUGUGGUCACCCAUCCUAUGACCGGCCUUUGCGAAAGUUGCGUAACUUCAACAAUCGCAGACCGAGCGCGUUUACCGCUGCGCCACCGAGCUCCUCAACCUUCUAAUUUAAUGGAUAAUAGGUAUAUACAUCUUUUAUCUUUGUUUUUGGGUAUAAACGAUGACCCUUUUCAUUACACCAAGGUACAAUUACAAUUUCCACCCAUUAUUAUUCUGAUCAAAGUAUAGAGAAGCAAUAUAGGUAGCAACGUCAUUCUAUACAUAAUAUGAUUCAAAUCAUCAUCAUCAUCAGCCGUACGACGCCCACUGCUGGGCAUAGGCCUCCCCCAAGGAUCUCCACGACGAUCGGUCCUGCGCUGCCCGCAUCCAGCGGCUACCCGCGACCUUCACCAGAUCGUCGGUCCACCUUGUAACGGGCCUACCCACUGAGCGUCGUGAUUCAAAUAUCAAGCAGCAAUUAGUUUAUAUAUGCUUCUGCCAUUACAUUGUGUUUUAGAAUAUUUAUGUACCCGAGUAAUGAGAAUAUAGGUAAUUAUCACGUUAAAGUUGUGCAACGCCAUCUAUACUGUUUUUGGGAAACGUAACCUGGAAAGACCCUCAUAAAUAUUGCAUUAUAAGUUUUUGAAAAGAUA